GUCAUAAGGCCGCGCCGCACUCCCGUAUCUGUGAUUCGACUGAAGAAAGGACAAAGUGUGCAAACAGAAAAAAAUCCUGGUGAAGCAACUGAAAUCCACGUGACACACUAUUAAGGAUGGUGUUUAUUAAAGAGGAGAGUGAUGACAUUAAGAUUGAAGAAACAUUCAAAGUCAAACAAGAAGAUAUUGAGGAACAAACAGACCUGGUGGUGCUGAAAGAGGAGAGUCAAGAACUGAAUGAAACGGAAGAGAAAGAUCGAAAUGAGAAACAGCAUGAUUUCAAAACUGAUGAAUCAAUCAGUUGCUCACAGACUGAAAAGACUUCCUCACCAAAAAAAGCUCAAAAAACACAAACUACAAACCUUAAUUCCCACAUGAGAAUUGAUACAGGAGAGGGACCUUUCACCUGCCAACAGUGUGGAAAAAUAUUCAGUCGAAAAGAAAGCCUUAAAUUCCACAUGAAAAUUCACAUUGAAAAGAAACCGUUCAUAUGUUCUCAGUGUGGAAAGUGUUUUACACGGAAACAUCACCUUAAUGCCCACAUGAUGAUUCACACUGGAAAGAGUCCUUUCACCUGUCCUCAGUGCGAAAAGAGUUUCACAAAUAAAUCAAACCUAAAGACUCACAUUAGAAUUCACACUGGAGAGAAUCCAUUCACAUGUGAUCAGUGUGGAAAGAGUUUCAGAUAUAAUGUAAACCUUACUAAUCACAUGAAGUUUCACUCAAGAGAGAACAGUUUUAAGUGUCGUCAGUGCGACAGGUGUUUCACAGAGAGAGAACAUCUUAAGAAUCAUGUUCAAAUUCACAUUGGAGAAAAGCCUUUCAUGUGCCACCACUGUGGAAAGAGUUGCUCAAAAGAAGAAAGACUCAAGGUGCACUUGAGAGUUCACACUGGAGAGAAACCUUUCACCUGUGAAGAGUGUGGAAAGAGUUUCAGUGUUAAAGUAAACCUUAAGAUUCACAAGGUAGUUCACACUGGAGAGAAACCUUACAAGUGUCCGCAGUGUGUGAAGAGUUUCACAUGUCAUGGCAGCAUGAAACGUCAUUUAAAAACUCAUUCUGGUGACAACGUUUAGAAAAAGGAGCAAUUUCUACAGUCAUCUGCACAUUUAUUUUGGAAGACAUUUAGUUGUGGUGAUUGUAAUAACAUUUACCAUCACACUUACAGAUACAUCUGAAAUGUCAUGCAAAUGUUGUUGAAGAGCAUGAGAAGAAAAAAAUGCUGUGUGAAAACAAGAAUACGUUCACUCUGUAAUAUCUGAAUAUGUUUACUGAUUGUGGAAAUGUAUUGUCAGGAAAAGCAUGGAAAUAUUAUUCUAGUUAUGCACAGGUCUUUUUUUAUUAGCAAAGUUUAUACUUUAUUGUGCUUCCAGUAGUCUGCAUGUACAUAUACAUACUGUUUCCUUUCGAAUUCAUUUGCUGCAAUAAACAAUCCUAA